GGAGGGGGGAGGUGGGAAAUGCAGUGUAGUGUUUGUAUCAUCCUGGCUGGUUUAGAAGAGGUGAACUUUUUAAGGAGCAGGUCCUGAGAUUUUAAUUGCUCAUGAGGGGGGUACCGAAGGCCUUGUAAACCUUCAAACAGGUUUUCUGGCAGGAAUCAUUGAUUUUCUUUUUCCCCCCUGAACAUUGUAAGUAAUAGAAAGAGCAGCUUCGUACAUGGAAAAGCAUAGUCUGUAUCUCUCACGUUGUGUAUAAUUCCCCAAUUACCUUUUGCCAUCCUUUUGAUAUCAAUAGCAAAACAAAGCUGUCUGUGUGUUAUGCGAUGAUGGUUAUUAAUACUCACUGUUUUGAAAUAACUGUCACACAUGUUUUUUGGUUAGCUCAUUUUUUUUUCCUCGUGUGAUAUGAGAGAGAAAAAUAGGAAAUAAAGGAAGGACUGAAAACAGAAAGUUAACAGAAAAGUUCAGGAUGUGCAUUGAACUAAGGGGAGGGAAACAGCAAGUUGCUGAGCUCCUGGAGGAGCAGAGGAGGCUCAGUGGCAGAGAACAAGCUGUGUGCAGCGGCUGGCUGCAGGAAACCCGUGCAGCAUAGGUGCACCUCCAGUGGCUGUGUUCUGCAAGGUGCUCAAGGCUUCUCUGUUAAGCUGCUCUGUUGCCUAAAGGAGGAUCUGCUGUUACAUUGAAUCACCGCAGUGUUUAGUGUUAUUAUCUCUGGCUUUUGCAGUGUGUAAGAUUUACCGUGUGUCAAGACUUGCGUUGUAUGUAUACACACAAGGAGGAGGUGGGAAGGCUCAGGGAGAUAAGAACGGGGUGGAUAUGUGUAUAAUACAGCAUUGGUGGGGUUUUGGAGCCCUGGGUGGGUUCCCAGUCCCUUGUUUUAAUUUCAGCUGUGCCUAAGGAUGCAGGUUACAGGUUGCCCAAGGAGGCUGUGGGUGCCCCAUCCCUGCAGGCAUUCAAGGCCAGGCUGGAUGUGGCUCUGGGCAGCCUGGGCUGCUGGUUGGCGACCCUGCACGUAGCAGGGGGUUGGAACUGAUGAGCAUUGUGGGCCUUUUCAACCCAGGCAAUUCUAUGACGAUCCUAACUUUGGCUAAGCAGCCUGGUUGUUCCCACAGUGCAUUUCUGCCCCAGACUUGCAUGGAAAUGCUGAAUUCUUUCUUCAUAUAUUGCGGUAAUAUUGACUCUUGUCAAAAUUCCUGCCCGACAGUAAUGCUGCCACUGAAUUAUCUCCCAAGUGGUAGGGCAGGCACAGCUCCUUGCAGAUCAAAGUAUUGAACAUCUUCCAGCUGUAAAUAGAGGAGGAGUGGUACAGACGUUUGUCAUUUCCUCCUGUGAAAUGGCCUGCUGGUUUCUUAUAAACCAUGGUUCUGGAGGCUGCUGCUCCAGCAGAGAGGCCUCUGCCUCAGGCAGCGCUCAGCACUGCUCUUCUGCUGCACCUGAGGUGGAGAGGGCAGCUCUGCCCAGCUCUGGGACUGCUGUGCAUACACAGGUGCUUGCAGGCAGGGACGAAGAGCUCAAAACCUGCUGGCCUUUGGAGUUCCAGACCUCCUGCAUCAUGAUUUCUUUGGAUCACUGUUAGUGCAACGCCUUGGUCUGGGAUUCAGCAACUCACCUUGAAAUAUUAAAAAAUGCUUCCGUCCCCCUAAGUGAGCCUUUUAGUGCCUUAAUUAAGGAGGAUGGAGCGGGCCAAGAUAUUGCAUCUGCAGUUUGGGCAGGGGAGGGAGGGAGGAGGGGAGCACUGUGAGAAAUGUGUUUGUGCGUUGAUUCAGUUUUUCAGGAAAUGAAUUUGGCAGGCCCAAAUUUAUACCCGUUUGGAGACAGUAGGAGCACAAAGCAAUAUAUUAAACAAAACAAACCUUACAGGCCUUGGCACUUGUGCGGUCUAAACAGCUUCCUGUAGCUUGCCAUCCCCAGAUACCCGUCUGUUCCCUGCUCUGGAUCUUAGCAGUGUUUCAUACUUUCAAAGCAAGUUUUUGGCUUUUGGUAGUGCUGUAUUACUUUGUGGGGCAUUAAUUAUUUAAGAGAAAGGAGGAAAAAAAAAUGCAAAAGGUACCAACAAGUUCAAGUGUUGCAUCAGACUCACACUUGUAUACUGAAACCUGCUUACAAACCUUACAUGGUGGGCCUUUUCUUGUUGGGCUGAAUUUUGUUGUUGCUGACCCACGAGUGUCAGCAUCUGUCACAUCAGGAGUCGAUGGUCUCCUUUGUGGAGAGGAAGUCUCAGUUCUGAGGCCCGAGCAAGAACAUUUACAAGGUGGCAUUUGCAGUUUACAGCUCACACCACUGUUUUCUUGUACGCUCUUUCAUGUUUACUGAAGAUGCACAAGGCAUAACCUUUCACUUCCUGAGUGUUUCUGUAUUUCACUUUUCCUCAGAGCACGGCAAAACAGAUAAUAAUGAUUUUGAAAUUGUCUGAGCCCAUAGAUUUAGAGAGUUUAAAAGUUCAAAAGAAACCAGCUGGGUAAGCUGGCGAGUGUGACCUGCGUGCACCUGCCUCUCCUGCCCCCUUACAUCUCCCUGACGUGGCUGGAGCUCUCUGCUCUGUGGGGGAUCUGUUCCUCCAAAAAAACAAUGUCCAACUCACCUUUUUUUUUUUUUUCCUUUUUCAUCCCACUGAUUCAUUGCAUUUCUAUCAAACUAUUUUUUUUCCCCUUAUUUGAAUCUUCUGCCUUUACUUCUUGUUCUCAUUUUUCCACUUGAGAGCCAUUUAGGCUCUCUUCCCACUGCUAGUACUUGCAGUAGGGCAGUCCUAAGUUACCAAGCAGAUUUCCUGCUCACCACAUCUUGCUGUGGGAAGUCUUGCUUCCUGCUCAUUUGGAUGCCUUUUCAUUGUGUGCACAAAGAGCAUCGAGUGCCGUGGCCGUCUCACUCUGAAUUCCAACUUAGCUAAUUUGCUGCUUUGCUCCUGCUGUGUUCUAUCCUAGAUUUAGAGGUCUACAUUUGGCUGUGUUGGCUGAUGGUGCUGUCUUUUGGUUUGAAUUGCCCCAGCUGGUGUUUUGGUGACUCCAGCUGAGCAAUGGGUGCUAAUAGCACCCUGAGGGUGAGCACCCCUCAGCGCCUCAUCCCCCCUCUUACUUUCCUAGUGGAAACUUCAGGUAGUUGUUCUUCCCCCAUUAAUCCAGUCUUUUCUCCUCAGAGUCUCUGGAUUCUGUACAGCAGGGACUUAAGCUGAAGGGAGAGAAAGGUGCAGCUGAUGGUUUUGUUGCAGUAAUGGCUGCAAUUUCAGAACUCGACACUCACUGCCUUCCUCCAUGUCCAAAGCUGGAGUGGUUGGCGUUGGUUCGCUCUUAGAGCUGAUACAGGUGCUAGUGACCACCACCUGAAACAGUCACGUGCCCUCAUGACUUGUGGCUGGUUUUCUAUUAGAAACAUCUGUGCCUUGUUUGGAUAGAUACCGGCUUACAUGUAUUUCAGCUGUCUUUUUGCUGAUUGCUUUUUACAGUCUCUUAACUCUGCCUUUUAAGAGGCAGGCGAUAAUGAAGAGUAGAUCCAGCUGUGAAGUGACAGUGGGUCGGAGCAAAAACAACUCGAUCCCUGUUGGUUUGUAGGCUUAUAGCUGCUCUUUGCCAAGAAAACUUCUGUUGGUGCUGCGUAUCGUCGCCCCCAUGGAAGAUACAGGUUGGUUUUUGGAUGGUUCAGAACAAGCCCCCUGUAGCCUUAUGGUUGUGUUGUAUGUAAAUGCAUGUUACUGGCACAGGCACUGCCUGCCUGAAUUCUUGCCUGGAAGCCUUAGUUUGCAUGGUUUUAUAGCACCUCUUAGGUUUUAGCAGUAAUUCAUGGCCAGCAGUGCCUUUUUGUAAGUAUAUCUUCAGUUAAUAUGGGGGAGAAUAGAAUAGGUUUGACUUCACUGUCAAAGACACACUUAAGAAGCGAAAGGACACUUUGGGAUAGCUGACUUUAAUAAAAAAAAAAGUGCUCAUUUUUACAAAAUAAGAACAGCAUUCUUCUGCCAAGUUACAGGAAAAAAAGUCUUGGUGGUUUUUCAGUUCCUUCAACUUCCUGUACGUGUGACUGCAAAACAGUCGAGUUAGAUCUGUCUGAGUAAGGCACUGGCAAGCAGAGGGCUUCCUUCGCUUUAAUAAUGAUAAUUAAAAAGAAAAAAAGCAACUUUUAAAUCCCUGAGUAUUGAGUGUAUGUGAGCACAGCCUGAGAGCCAAGAUCCAGCCUGCUGCUUUGCUGUACAGAUUCGCUGUUCGCCCUUUGUUGGUAUCAGCUGAAAGCUUUCCCUGCGGUAAGGGUCUCUCCAGGUCUCGUUGCACUGUGUUCUUGUAAGUUUGCUGUUCAAUUAAAAGAAAAAUGAGGCAACGUUUUUCUUGGCUCGCUAUGUGUGUAGGAGGAGGAGGGAAGCAGCGCUGUAGGGCUAUUGGUAAGACCUUGGUUUCACAUUGCAGGUCACAGGGUCCUAUUGUAAUGCUCUCCUGUUGUGACUUGUCACCCCUCCAGCUGAGCAAGGUGCUCUGGAUGGGUGCCUGCUGCAGUGCAGAUGGCUUCCCAUCAGCUCCCUCCCCUGCUUUCUGCAGAGAUGUUUGAACUUGAAUGCUUUGUGUCAUGAAAAUCCUGCUUUUGGAGCACUAGCACGCCUUGAAGUGAGAGCAGUUCAACUCCGUGUAGCCCUGUAUGCAUGAAGUAGGUUUCUUCUGGAGCUAACUUGCACCCCUGUUUAUACACAGUGUGUCAUUUAGCAUGCAGGGAAGCACACAGAACCACCCUCUUGCUCUUCAUACUAAAUUAAUUUUAUGUGGUGAGGUCAGGACCUGCUGACCUGUAAAUCUGUGAUAGGACUGCCUUUAUAGGGAAAGAACUCUGAGCCAUGCAUUAGCUUCCCCUCUCGAGGCCCUGCCAGCAUGGUUGCAUGCCUGGAGAUUGUUUCCUGCUUUCUUUGUACAAAUGCCUUAGGACUUUUUCAACCCAUUGUGUGUUACUUAGCUGCGUGGUAAAGUUUAAUUAGCAAUGAAUUGCUAUACUUGUAUGCAUACACCCUUCAAACUCCUGUUUCUGUUGGAAUUCCAAGCAAAUGCAGCAGAAGGCAGAUCAGUGUGUAUCUCUAAAGCAGGGUAGUUACACACCAUGCAGUGAUUACAUACCACAGAGCUUGGAAUGAGUUCUUGAAGUGGGCUCAGCCUUUAAAGCACAGCUGAGAUGCAAACUGCAGUUCUUCCUGAGAGUUCUGCUGAAGCUGGCAAAGCCUCUCCUUAGGACUGCAGCGUCUUUUUCCAUUGCUCAUGGUUACAAAGCACUUCCAGCAGUGCUGGUUUUGCACUGAAGGUCAAGGGAGCUGCAACGUGGGCAGCUGCGCUGCUGUAGCAGUUGAGGCUCAUGCAGUGAUCAAGGUAGGAAAAUGGAGCUCCAGAGGACCAGAGGGGUUUCUUCUCUUUAAGACAGAGGUUUUGAUACAAGUUUGUAUGAUUUUUUUUUUUUGGUGUCUUAACUGCGUUAUACUUUAAAAGAAAACCCUUUUUCAUAGUGACUUACAGCUGGGGGUAGUUUAAUAAGCACUGUUGGACCUUCUGAUUCUAAUCUUGUUAAUGAGUGCACACCUGUGGCCCUACACAGCUCUGGGUUUCAGUGGGGUGGUGCAUGGAGGAGGUGCUCACAGACAGGCACAGCUGGCAGGCACUCACAUUUGGUCUGCUGAACUCUAACCAGAGCCUUAAGGAAAAAGCUGUGAUAGCAGAGAUCAUCAGUAGGUGGCAAAGAGACUGCAUUGGGAAUUCAACUUGAGAAGUCAUGUCAUAUAAAGAAGCUUGGUGUGGUGGGGUUCCUUCAGUAAGGAACGAGUCCAGAGGAGGGCACACAGCAGGGGGUCGGAACGAGGCGAUCAUUGUGGUCCUUUUCAACCCAGGCCAUUCUGUGAUUCUAUGAAAGCGUUCUGCGACCCGUUUUUGACUUGGAAAUGCUGAUUUGAUUUCUUGCAUCCCGAGUCCCACGUCAAGUUUCCUGGUUUUGCAGCUGAGGCGUACCUUUGUGGCUCAGUUUGAAUCGGUUUCUGUUCAUUUCCAGGAGCUGCAACCUGAAAAAAUGAACUUGUGUAUUUUUGCAUGAGUAAUGUGUGGUUGGGAAGAGCUCAGUCCAAUUAAUUUUGCAAUAGUUCUGUGCUCUUUUCCUUUUCAAGUAAUGAUUUUAUGGCUAUGGUUUAGUUAUAAGGCAGAGGCACUGGAUGUAGGCAAAGAAAGGCAUAAUUUGAUUCUGAUACAGUUUUGAUAAUGCCAAAUGCCACCUUUAUGCUUCAGAAAAUGGGUACUGCUUCCUUUGUGCACCAAACAGUUCUAUUUUUAUUUUGAUGUGUGAACAAAGCCUAAUUUCUUCCAGAACAAAGCCUGAUGUUCUGCAGGUGGUUUUGUUGCUGGAGUCGUUUCUUUUGUUGCAGUCCUCAAAAGAAUAAGUACUGAUAACGAGUAAGGAAUGAUUUUGUGCUGGAAUACCUAUAAGAAAGCAAUUAUAGAAUGGUUUGGAAGGGACCUUUAGAGGCCAUCUGCUCCCACUGCCCUGCAGUGAGCAGGGAUGCCCACAGCUCUCUCGGGUGCUCACAGCCUGGUCUGUGCUGUGCUUGUUCAGUCCCCAUGCCACACCUGAUUGCUCUCUCAUUACAAUAAAUAGAAAAGAAUCAACAAGAGCUAAAAAUAUUUUUGUGGCUUCUGUAGCUCUCAAAGUCCAGUCAUUCUGAGCUCAAAUGACAGGGUGGCUGUUCCAGAGGCUCUGCUGGAGCAUUUUUCUGGUGACCGGGUCAAGAAUGCGAUCACAGCUAGCAGAACAAGCAGCCUAAAUGAAGUGCUGUGCCCUGAUUUCAGUGACUCCUGGUCACAGCUGUCAAAAUUUCUUGCAAAAAAAAGAAGGGAAGUGACCUGGUAUUUGAUGUACGAUUAACAAAUUGUGUCUUCUGUUCUCAUCGAAGGAAACAAACAAGUGUGGAGCUGCUCCUUCUGGGUGAGCUUGUUCUUGAAUGUGUUCUGCCCAAGGAUGAAGCACUGUUCGCAGGUUGCCCAAGGAGGCUGUGGAUGCCCCAUCCCUGCAGGCAUUCAAGGCCAGGCUGGAUGUGGCUCUGGGCAGCCUGGGCUGCUGGUUGGCGACCCUGCACAUAGCAGGGGGUUGGAACUGAUGAGCACUGUGGUCCUUUUCAACCCAGGCCAUUCUGUGGUUCUAUGAUAUGAUCUUGUGCCACCAGACUUUCAUGUUUUCAGAAGAUAUUAAUACUGAGAGACGAAUUGUGCACUGAGUGCUGGGAAGGACAAAAGGACUGGUUGUAAGCAGAUGAAUGGUGAGGGUCAGCUCUAUGUGGGCUCAGUGACAAAAAGGAAAAUCGGACUAUCUCAUGGCUAUGGGUAUCAUAUGCUUUAAAAAGAAACAACGUUGUUAAUGAGCUCUCUUGACAAGUGUUGUUGAGACCCUAUUCUCUGCUGAAGGCUUUGCUUUGCAAGGAGUAGAGCAAUGUGAAGGUGGGGUGGGCGCUGCGUGAGCACUCUCAUCCCACAUGGGUGACGGUCCUGCUGGAGCCAAAACCAUCAGGUACAUUCCCAGAAGCAGUUUCCCAUGACUCCCCCCAGCACGUUGCUGUGAGAUGGCUUUUGGAAUGGAAAGGAGAAACUGUGGGAAGUACCGAAAUCCCCUCUUCCCUCAGCACUUUCUGCUUUGGAGUCCUGCAAGGAUGUGUGGGUAUUCUGAAGGUUUGUAAGGCUGGGUUUGAAUGUGACUCCUGUGGUCCCCAGGACACUCAAGCAGUGGCAUCCAGCUCAGCGUUCAGAGACAGAGGUGGUGUUUGUGUGCUGACGUGGGGGUCACAGGUUCUGCACAAGUGACUCGUGAAGUACCUACAGCACACUGAGGUUUGGAUUUAUUUCUCCUUAAUAAUGAAGGAAUCUUUUAUUUUCUAUUUGCCAAGAAAGAUUGGCUCUCAAAUGGUAUGGAGAAAUGCAGCAUGCUGUUUUUAGCUGCAAGUAGCCUUGCAGAUUGAGGACAACCACUGCAUAUGCACAGGCAUUGCAUACCUGAAAAACAAAGUACAACUUGUACGUGAUUAGCACAGAACCCAUUUAAUUGAGCACUGUAAAUUGAACACUGGGGCAGAGCUGUAGGUUGGUUCUGGCCAAGUUUCUAUGUUGUGAGACACAGGGAAGGAUUUUGGUGGGUUGUUUGAGAAACAGUGUAUUUCUUCUCUAUGAAGUUUGUAUGAUGAUUCUCAGAUGGUGUAAGAAGGCUGCUGGAGGAGUGAUACCUCCCAGCUACUGCAGGAGUUACAGCUGCAUUUGGCUUUUAUUUCGGAGUAAAGUGUCAAGAUCAGUUGUAACUCCUUGCUGUGAGUUUGUUCUGUCUGAAGUCUCUCCCAUAUGGACACCUGCUUAAUGUAACUGCUGUUUGUUGAAAUCUUUUCCCUUUCAGAGAAGACCUUCCAAAGCGUAGAGCACUUGAUGGGGUUACAGAUGGAUAGCCCUUAUGGCUGGUUCUGAAUUUAGCCCAGCAUUAUGGUUCCUUUAAAGUUGUUAUGCAUUUUGAGUUGGUUUUACAGGGGGAGGCAGCCCAUUGGCACAGUGGUUUGGAGUGAAGCUUCUGGUCUGCCUAACGCUCCGGGGUGCUGCUGUGAACGAUGCGGAACGCCUGGUAUAGGAUGGCAGGUUCUUGUAGGGUCUGAGCAGAGUAAGGCUGGGGAUAUUUGCACGUUAGGAUAAACCAACAGCAUAAUAAAAUCUGACAGUUUUGUUAAAAUUCCUGCAUGUUAAUUACAAUUGAAUUUGUAAGCUACUUUUGUGUGUGCUCCAUCCCUGGAGGUGCCCAAGGCACCCAAGCUGGUGCCUGACCUAGUGGCUGGCAACCAGCCCAAAGCAGGAGGGUUGCUAUGAGAUGAUCUUCAAAGCCCCUUCCAACCCAACCAUUCUGCAGUUCUAGAGACAGAAAAAAGGAAGUACUUCCAUGGUUACAAGCGUUUAGAGCUGAGGCUCAGGUGGCCAUCUUAGAGCACUGAGUUUGGGUUUGGUGGCACAUGUACUGUGCACCCCCUGCCUUGCUUAUUGGCUUCUACAGAUGUGCACUUGAACAGCCAGUUUUGCACCCCUGAGCUUUUUCCCUGAGCAUUACUCUGUAGGAAGCAUUUUCCCCGGAACAGCGGCCCAGUGGUGUUAGCAUGCUGUCUGCCUGGAGGGAGGCAGGCAGUGCCCAGCUGGCUGCUAACAGUCCCUUUUCUCAAUAGUCCUCAGUUCUGAAAUUCAGGCUUUGUAAUUGUAAAGCAUAGAGUUGCAUCACAGCAUACAAAACGAGGGGAGAGGUGUGCUGGAAAUCGCCUCAAGCUUUUAUCUCUCCUGCUCUUCUCUCAACCCCCUUUCCCAGCCUUCUGAUGGGAAGACCUCCCCGUGAUCCUCCUGCUUUGGGGCUGUGUUUACUCUUUUGUGCAUUGCCACUCAUAGAACCACAGAAACAAGCAAACGGUAUGAAUGCACUCUCCCUAUUGAAAAUUACAGCCCUGACUUCACAGUAGAGAGCUGAUUUCAAGUGUGCCUCUUCCUCCCUCCCUAAAUUGAGAACACUUUUUGUCUCGUGGUGUCUGAGAUGCCAAAUAUAUUGUUAGUUCUGGUAUCAAGUAGAAAAGGGGAAAUACGAAACCCCAGCUCUCGAGCACAGUUCCUGUUUUUCUGACUCGACAGCUUGAGCUCGGGGUUCAUCGCUGUGAGCCUCGGUUGGGUUGGGAAGCAGACAAAUGCCAUUUGAUAGCCAAGCUAAUGGGUCGCUGUGGGCAUAACGCUCAUCUGUCCUCACUUUCUUCUGAGCAAAGAUGCCCCCAGACCAAGUCAUUUACGCUUGUCCUGGUGGAGAGAGCAGGAAGGAGUCAUUUUUAAGAUGGGCACAGGUGCUGUUGACCUCUCUUUCUUCUUCCCCUUGUUGUUUUAUUAAUGGUCUCUUAAUACAUGGGUAUCAAAAUAUAUGUAAUGCAUCAGUAUGUUACUGCAAAUCAGACAAAGACUUGGGUAUAUAUGGUUUUUCAGCACAUCAUUUGUUCUGGAGGAGCGCUGAUGUAUGUAAGCGUCCAGAUCACGUAUUGCCACCUACAGUGUACGUGCAGUGGAUUGCAGUUGUGAGGAGCUUGAUUAGUCUUGACUGCACAGGUGCUGCUAAGCUCUUGUGAUGGCUUUUCCAUUCUCCUCUGAUGUUUUGAUCGUAAAUGUACAGUCAAAGUGUAGAAGUUACAAACUUAACUAGAUGGAAAUUCCCCAUCUCUGACCAGUACUUCCUGUAAACUCCUGUAAGUAAGACUAAGAUGUGCUUUAAAAGGUUUGAGUUUGUUUUUUGGUGAUUUGAACAAAGAAUGCCAUGGGUGCUGCAUUCCCACAGCCUGCGUACCCAACGCGUGGACUUCUCUGAAGGUUGUGUUGGAGCAGCUCAGUAACUCAGCAUGGCUGCAGCUGGGAAGGAAGGAGGGAUUAAAAGCCAGACACGAGUUACCCUUGGAGAGCGUGAAGAUAAUCUGUUUCAGUUGCGUUGAGGAUCAGACAGACACAUAAAUGCAGUAUCUAAACGUAAAAGAAGACUGCAAAGCCAUGGCUUUCUGUGCAAAAAUGAGGAGCACGAAGAAGAGCGAAGUAAACUUGGAAGCUCAGCACCAGGGCUUAGAGGUACUCUUCUACCUGCAAGAUAAAAGCCCCAUUUGUUAUACCAGUGGCGAGUUUACCUCUGAGGAGCUGUGCAUCGAAGCUGCCCAGAAGUGCUCUAUAUCUCCUCUGUGCCAUAAUCUCUUUGCACUGUUUGAUGAGAACAGAAGGCUCUGGUAUGCACCAAACCAGGUCUUUAAGAUAGAUGAAAAAACAUCGCAACGGCUCUAUUAUCGAAUGAGAUACUACUUCACAAACUGGCAUGGGACUAGUGAAAACGAACCCUCGGUGUGGAGGCAUUCCCCAAAGAAGUCAAAGAACUCUUAUGACAAGAAGCUGGCGCCAGAAGGAACCCCAAUCCUGGAUGCAAACUCAUUGGAAUACAUCUUUGCACAGGGUCAGUAUGACUUAGUGAAGGGACUGGCGCCAAUCCGUGACCCUAAAAAUGAUCAAGAAGUUCAUGAAAUUGAAAAUGAAUGUCUGGGAAUGGCUGUGCUUGCAAUCUCUCACUAUGCUAUCAAGAAAAAUGUGAAGCUGCCAGAGCUGCCCAAAGAUAUCAGUUACAAACAUUAUAUUCCUGAAACGUUGAACAAGACCAUCAGGCAGAGGAAUUUCCUAACCAGGAUUCGGAUAAAUAACGUUUUCAAGCAUUUCCUCAAGGAGUUCAACAAUAAAACCAUUUGUGACAGUAGUGUGUCUCCACGCGAUCUGAAAGUUAAAUACUUAUCAACAAUGGAGACUUUGACUAAAUAUUAUGGAGCAGAAAUUUUUGAGACUUCAUCUCUGCUUAUUUCAUCCGAGAGUGAAAUAAAUAGAUUUAAUUGUGGAGACGGUGAGAUCAUUCCGCUCUAUGAAGUCAUCGUGACAGGAAACAAUGGAAUCCAGUGGAGGCUUAAGCCAAGUUCUGUGCAGACAGAGAAGAAGAAAAAGUCUGAUGGCAAAAUCAAAAAGGAUGAAGAUAGAUACAAAACCCGAGAUUUGUGGAACAAUUUUUCCUAUUUUCCUGAAAUCACUCACAUUGUCAUCAAGGAGUCUACAGUUAGCAUUAACAAGCAGGAUAACAAAAAGAUGGAAUUAAAACUGUCCUCACAUGAUGAAGCUCUGUCAUUUGCAUCAUUGAUAGAUGGAUACUUCAGACUUACAGCAGAUGCCCACCAUUAUCUCUGCACAGAUGUGGCUCCCCCACUGAUUGAACACAACAUAAAGAAUGGUUGCCAUGGACCCAUUUGCACUGAAUAUGCCAUCAACAAACUGCGACAGGAAGGGAAUGAAGCAGGAAUGUAUGUGCUGAGGUGGAGCUGCACAAACUUUAACCACAUCCUCAUGACAGUGACUUGUCUUGAAGGCCCGGAGAUGAUAAAUAAUUCAGUCCAGUACAAGAACUUCCAGAUUGAGGUGAAGAAAGGCGGGUACUUCCUACAUGGCUCAAACAGGUCUUUUGCAUCCUUGAAAGAGUUGAUGGAUCACCUGAAAGGACAAAUCCUUCGCACAGACAACAUCAGCUUCACACUGAAGAGAUGCUGCCAACCAAAGCCAAGAGAAAUCUCCAACUUGCUGGUUGCAACCAAGAAGGCUCAGGAAUGCCAGCCUGCUUAUCAUCUAGGGCAGCUGAGCUUCCAUCGAAUCCGCAAAGAAGAAAUAAUGCAGGGUGAACACCUUGGAAGAGGGACAAGAACACAGAUUUACUCAGGGAUUCUCAACUACAAAGAUGAUGAGAAUGAAGGAUAUCAAAACGAAAAAGAGAUUAAAGUGCUCCUCAAAGUUUUGGACCCCAGUCACAGAGAUAUUUCUUUGGCCUUCUUUGAAGCAGCAAGUAUGAUGAGGCAGGUUUCUCAUAAGCACAUCGUCUUCCUCCAUGGAGUCUGCGUCCGUGACUUAGAAAAUAUCAUGGUUGAAGAAUUCGUUGAAUUUGGGCCUCUGGAUUUGUUUAUGCAUCGAAAAAGUGAACUCCUGACAACUCCCUGGAAAUUCAACGUAGCCAAGCAACUUGCAAGUGCGCUGAGCUACCUGGAGGAUAAGGAUUUGGUACAUGGAAACGUGUGUACUAAAAACAUCCUACUGGCAAGAGAGGGAAUUGACACCGAAUAUGGCCCUUUCAUAAAGCUGAGCGACCCAGGAAUACCAAUAACUGUGCUGUCCAGACAAGAAUGCGUGGAGCGAAUCCCCUGGAUUGCACCCGAAUGUGUUGAAGACUCAAAAAAUUUAAGCAUUGCAGCAGAUAAGUGGAGCUUUGGUACAACACUGUGGGAAAUCUGCUAUAAUGGAGAAACACCGCUGAAAGACAAGACGUUGGCAGAGAAGGAAAGGUUCUACGAAGGGCAUUUCAUGUUGAUAACACCAUCGUGCAAGGAACUAGCUGACCUGAUGAAACAGUGCAUGAACUAUGACCCCCACCAGAGACCCUUCUUCAGAGCUAUCAUGAGAGACAUCAACAAACUGGAGGAGCAAAACCCCGAUAUCGUCUCGGAGAAGAAGCCUGUUACAGAGGUCGAUCCCACACUCUUCGAAAAACGGUUCUUAAAGAGAAUCCGUGAUUUGGGAGAGGGCCACUUUGGAAAGGUUGAACUCUGCAGAUACGAUCCAGAAGGUGACAAUACAGGAGAACAAGUGGCAGUUAAAUCUCUGAAGCCGGAGAGUGGAGGGAAUCACAUUGCUGAUCUCAAGAAGGAAAUAGAAAUCUUGAGGAAUCUGUAUCAUGAGAACAUUGUCAAGUAUAAGGGAAUUUGCACAGAAGAUGGAGGAAAUGGGAUUAAACUCAUCAUGGAAUUUCUUCCUUCUGGGAGCUUAAAGGAGUAUCUGCCACGAAACAAGAACAAAAUCAAUCUCAAACAACUUCUCAGAUAUGCAGUUCAGAUCUGCAAGGGGAUGGACUACUUGGGCUCCCGUCAGUAUGUGCACCGUGACUUAGCAGCAAGAAAUGUCCUUGUUGAAAGUGAGAACAGAGUGAAAAUUGGAGAUUUUGGUCUCACCAAAGCCAUUGAGACUGAUAAGGAGUACUACACUGUCAAAGACGACCUCGACAGCCCUGUAUUUUGGUAUGCUCCAGAAUGCUUGAUUCAGAGUAAGUUUUACAUCGCCUCAGAUGUGUGGUCUUUUGGAGUGACGCUGUAUGAACUGCUCACCUACUGCGAUUCGGAGUCCAGCCCAAUGACAGAGUUCCUGAAGAUGAUUGGCCCCACGCAGGGCCAGAUGACAGUAGCACGGCUCGUGCGUGUCCUACAAGAAGAGAAGCGUUUGCCACGUCCACCCAACUGCCCAGAGGAGAUCGACCAGCUGAUGAGGAAAUGCUGGAUAUUCAAGCACGAUAAGCGGACGACCUUUCACAACCUGAUUCAAGGGUUUGAAACGAUUAUGAGCAAGAUGUAAUUCAGUUUUUAUACUGUCAGUACUUCAAUGGUGUGUCAAAAUAUAAAUGCCCAAGACCUUUCAUUUUUUAACUACUGUAAUUUGUAUUCUGACUGUGCUAGUGUGUUCAAAGGAUCGUUUUUCCAACAGUUUUCCUUUUUCUUUUUUAAAAUUUAGUCAACAGUUGGAUCAAAUUAAUUACAAGGUAUGGCAAAAACAAUAGCUUCAACUCCUCUUGCGCCAGUUACCGCAAGACAGUUUUCUCUUUGUUAUGGUCUCACUCCACUCUGAACUACCCUGCUGAAUGUGAGCUGAACGCAGUGUCAGAAAUUGCUACAGUUCUUAGCACGCCUCAGUGCAAGCUGUAGCAUUUAAAACAGGUUUGCUGUUCACACUUAUUCUGUGAACUAGUGGAUGCAACAGAAGUCAUCCUCACUUCUUAUGGAGUGCUGAGGAAGUUUGGAGAAAAUUCUGGCUGAUGAAUCCCCUCUCUGUGCACUUACAUUUCAGAAACAAGAAACCAAUUUGGCAUAAAAAAAUCUAGAGAACAAGAACAUAGUCUGAAGCCAGCUGCAGCUCCAUGCUCUUCAAGAUGCUUUUAAAGUGUUGAUUGAUUAUCAUAUUUCAAAAAGAAAUUAAAAAAAAAGGCACGAAUGAGCAUGUAUAUUUAUGCAUUUCAUUUGAGAAGCCCAGUUUCUGGAUAAAUGUAUUUGCUUUUCCCAGCCAACCCUCCAUGCCCUCUUUACCCAUCUCUCCCUCUCCCAAAACUCUCCCCCCAUGAUGUAGCUGUUAAAUGUGCAAACACAUUGAUCUCCAGCUUGUACUGCAGCUAAGUGAGCUACAGUGCCAUGAGAUGUGCACGGGAAAGUACCUGGGGGGAGAGAGAGACUAUUAAACCAUGUACAGAUUUAGGGGGAAUACUCCCCCAGCAAAGAAUAACUUGGUAGAGUUUUGAGCACCAGGAAAGCUUACCUAGGGAGAAAGAAAGAACACUCUGACCCUAAAAAUGUCGUCUUGUUAUCAGCAGUGCCAGCAAAGGAGUGCACACGAUACUUGUUUUUUGUCAGUGACUUCCUUGGCCAGCAUGCUUGUGCAUCUUAGCAGUUUGUUCCUGUGAAGCUGCUCCCUUGGCAUAAGAUGACUGCUUUAAAUAAUAGCAUUGGCCAUCGUCUAAUUUGACGUCCAGUCUCCAGCCCCGUGCUUGUGAAGUAUUCCUCUGACCAGCAGGAGAGCACAGCCCUGUGAGGCUCCCUGGGACCACGCAUGUUGUAUUGUCAGGACCAGAGCUGGCAUUGAAAUGCCACUGAGCCACGUGAGGGCACUGCGGCCCCGUUCUGUAAGGCUGGGCUCUUCAAGGAGCACUGGUUUAACUGGAAACCUUUGGCUGACCAGUGUCCUCCCCUUUGGGCAAAAUUGCUUUUCCACCAAACCUGGAUUUUGAAAAUGGAAAUAGUUCUGGCAAUAACAGAAAGACGUCUUUAAAUACCUAUAUCUAUAUAUAUAUAUAUUAAAAAAAAUGUUGUAAUUAAGAGUGGCGACCAGGUCAGAUUUAUUUUUACAGUAUUACUUGUUUUUUUCCUGUAUGUAUGUCAUGUAUGAACCCGAUUUAAAUCUGUAAGCACUUUGUUACUCUUUAUACAAACAAAUCUAAUAAAGAUUUUUUUUUUCUCCA